AAGUCCCAGUCCCGAUCCAUAUGGGAAGCAUGUGACAUGCUGGUGUCGUUCUUUCCAGUCUCUGCCGUACUUGAGCGGUGUUUCAACUUUCCCUUCAUGCUUCUGUUUGAAAAUUCCAAGCACAAGACGACACCUUCAAGGCCUCCGGAUAUAUAUGGAAGGAGGAGAGGAGAGGAGGCGAGGGCACCCACGGCUGAGAGGAGGGAGGAGGAGGAGGGAGGAAGGAGGCUACAGCCAUGGAUUCUCUCCCUCCCAGAUUCAAUCACUGGCUGCCAUGUGCGAGGCUCUCAUACCCUCCCUCCCAAUGGAAGAGCUCCACGUCAGCAGUGGCAAGGAGGACCCACCCACCAAGAGCCUCCAGGCCUUCUACCUGGCUUCCGGGGCCGAGUCCCCAGUACCAGAUGAGGUUGCAGAGUUAUUGGUCAAGAGAGGCCUGAGAGAGGCUGUUCUUUUGGUCAAAUUGGUUCUAUGGCUCCUUGCUACCAAGCUGGGCACGCUCGUCCUCUGUGGGUUCCUGAGCCUCCGUGGGGGAUUCCCAUUCAUCAACAAGUUCUCGGACAUGCCUGUGGAGAAGAGGGAAGAGGUUCUUAAGAGAUGGAACAAGGAAAAUUUUUUUAUUCCUCUGAGGAUAGUUUUUGUGAUGGUCAAGGUCUUCUCCCUCCACAUCUUUUAUUCAAUGACUAACGAAAACUCGGAGAACCUGUCAUGGAAUGCAAUUGGAUAUAGCUUACCAACUGAAGAAAAGCCGCGAAAAUCUCAAAGAGAGAGGCCUCUUGAGAAGGGGAUCAUAGAAACCAUGGAUCAAACCGAUGCAUCCCUUCUCGAAUCACUCGCCAAGAAAGGCCUGACAGUCUCCCAAGACCCCAUGCAAAACAUCUACAGAAUUAGAUGCGACGUGGCCAUCGUUGGCUCCGGCUGCGGCGGCGGAGUUGCCGCUGCAGUUCUUGCGAGCGCGGGCCGCAAGGUUAUAGUCAUCGAGAAAGGCAACUACUUCACGUCGGAAGACUACACCUCCAUUGAAGCCCCAUCCAUGUACGAACUGUACGAGUCUGGAGGAAUUCAUAGCACCGUCGACGGGAAGGUGAUGCUCCUGGCUGGAUCCACCGUCGGGGGUGGUUCUGCUGUGAACUGGGCGGCUUGCAUCAAGACACCAGACCAUGUCCUCAGGGAAUGGGCGGAAGAGCGUCAGCUUCCUCUCUUCACGAGCACGGACUAUCUCUCAGCAAUGGACGCGGUCUGUAGAAGACUCGGAGUCACCGAGAGCUGCAGCGAAGAAGGAUUUCAGAACAAGGUUCUCCGCAAAGGCUGUCAGAAUCUCGGUCUUCGAGUAGACUCCGUGCCGAGAAAUUCUUCGGAAAGCCAUUUCUGCGGCAGCUGCUGUUACGGCUGCCGAGCAGGAGAUAAGCGUGGGACCGAUGCAACGUGGCUGGUGGAUGCCGUCGAUUGCGGCGCGGCGAUCUUAACGGGAUGCAAGGCCGAGAGAUUCGUAUUCGUAGAGAACGAGCCGGGGGAGAAGAAAAGGAAGAAGUGCGUGGGACUGAUUGCCAGAUCUUCGAGCCACAAGGUCACGAAGAAGCUAGAAAUCGAAGCUAAAGUGACCAUCUCAGCGUGCGGUUCUCUCUUGACGCCGCCGCUGAUGAUCGCCAGCGGGCUGGCAAAUCCGAACAUAGGCAGGAACCUCCGCCUCCACCCGGCAGCUCUUGCAUGGGGUUACUUCCCGGAUUCGGUGUCGGACCUCCGGGGCAGGGCUUUCGAGGGAGGGAUCAUCACGUCGCUGCACGAAGUGAGAGCGCAGGAGGAUUCGGAUGCGAGCUUGCGGGCGAUCAUCGAGACGCCUGCGCUGGGUCCUGCCGCCUUCGCGACGCUGGUCCCCUGGGUGUCGGGACGGGACAUGAAGGAGAGGAUGGCGAGAUACAGCCGGACGGCGCAUCUCUUUGCGUUGGUGCGAGAUCGCGGCUCGGGGACGGUGGAGGGGGAGGAGGGGAUUGUGAGAUACCGAUUCGAUGGUUUGGAUAGGGAGAAUAUGAGGGUGGGGCUGCGGAGGGCGCUGCGGAUUUUGGUGGCGGCGGGUGCGGUGGAAGUGGGGACUCACCGGAGCGACGGCCAGAGGAUCAAAUGCAAGGGUAUCAAGGAGGGGGACUUGGAGGAGUUCUUGGAUGGGAUUACGGCGGUGGGGGGUCCGAGGUCUCGGAGUGAAUUGUGGACCAUCUAUGGCUCUGCUCAUCAAAUGGGGAGCUGUAGGAUGGGAGUGAGCGAGGAAGAGGGUGGGGUGGAUGAGAGAGGGGAGAGUUGGGAGGCACAGGGGCUCUUUGUGUGUGAUGGGAGUGUGCUGCCGACUGCCCUUGGGAUUAAUCCUAUGAUCACCAUCCAGUCCGUCGCCUACUGCCUUUCCAAAGGGAUAGCAGAAUCCCUCGGCAGAGGGCCUCAAUGAGAGAGAAGUAAUUACUAGUGUAAGUUGACACCGCAGCAUUUACUAUAGUGAUGACAGUGCCAAUCUGCUUAUUGUAAGUUUAAAAAAAUAUCAUGACUAUUAUCUCUUGUUUACAAUUCAAGGUAAAGCAUGUUACCCUCCAGAAUAUUGAACUUGGAAGAAGUUGGGUUGAAAUGUUCAGUUUUUUUU